UGUGUCCCAAGGCCGUUCGGCAUCUGUCGGAUUCCCCCAGCGGCCGGCUGUGAGCUUCCGCUGGUGACAGUGUCCGCUCACCUCACUGUUUGCCUAUAUCGCAGGCCUCCACCGCCAGAGCACUAUUCUCAAAUCGCGGUCAUUCAGGGGACGUGGGCCGAACUUUGUCCACUGCCCAUCUACAAAGUACUGUGCGUGCGAUGGGUUACCCCUGCGGGAGUCCAGACUGCCCAGUGUACCCACGUACCCACGUACGUGGGCGCGGCUACUUGGUAGAGAGUCACUAGCCACGCAAAUUCUCGACUUCAGGCAUUCUCUAGGCAGUCUGCGUCUCUGUUGUGUCUGGACGGCCAUGCACGACUGUCCCCGCCACCCCUUUGUGGCGCUCCGCGUUUGCUUUGAGGCCUCUUGUAAUGUGCCGAGUUUUCCAACAUCCUUGCACCGUGUGGGAAUCUGAGAAUGGGCCAGCUUGGCAUAGAGCCACAACGAAUGACCGACAUUCCUGUUACUGCCAAGCCAAAUUGUGCGAGAAGAUGUGGACGGGCGCCAUGCAAUGGUUCAAAGCAAAACGCCAUAUGCUGCCGAAGGGGGUUACGCGGUCAUCUCGUUGAACGGGGAGUCGGCGCGCCUGACACCACGUCGCCAGGGAUCAUUUGGGCGAAGAUCGCUGCAUCCCGUACAUUGAUAUCGCUGCCAAGCAACCAUGUGCCUUGUGGGUGCGCCGUCUAUCCGUCUUUGCGUGCAAGCAACUAGGUUCUUGAGCAGAGAGCCUGCUUUCGCCAGGAAACAACAAUGUGGACGUCGUCACUCUGCAUUGCCAUCUCUCUUCCAUCGUUAAGUACUUCUUUGUCUCACUAACCUGCCCCAGUUCCCAUCUGAGAUUCCCCAUCCCCAUACCAAUCAAACCUCUCUCUCCCACGCCCUCUACCUCUAUGGUAAAAUCCGGGGUUUGUCCCUUUCACUCCAACCGACACACAUCCUGAGCACUCCACCUGUGUCCGGGAGCUACCAUCGCCAUGUCUGGCAACACUACCAACCGCCAGAACGUGAAAUGGGUCGAGGGUGUACGAGGCGUCGCGUCCUUUCUUGUUGUUGUGACCCAUCUCGCCAGAGCCUUCGACUAUCCCCUAUUCUGGCCGGCCGAUAACGAACAUGCGUCUCCAAGAUUGCUGCAGCUACCAAUCUUGCGACUUCCAUUCCAAGGACGAAUUGGCGUCAUGAUGUUCUCAUUCCUCACAGGUUACGUAUGCGCAAUCAAACCUCUCCGCCAAAUCAAGUCCGGCAACACCUCGGGCGCUCUGUCGACUCUCGCAAAAUCUGCUUUCCGAAGGCCUCCGCGAUUGCUUAUGCCAGCUACCAUCGCUCUUGUUCUUGCCUGGCUAGUCACGCAACUGGAUGGAUUUUCAGUGGUGAAAGUUUGCGAUUCGGAGUGGCUGAGAAACUCUAGCCCAGAAGCAAAAGGUGGGAUCUUGUCGGAGCUUGGGCGGCUAUUCCACGAGUUCCAAACUUCUUGGAUCAACGGUACCAACGCAUACGACCCCCACCAAUGGGCUCUCCUCCCCCUUUUGAGGGGUGCUUUCCUCAUCUACGCAACUCUGUUCGCUACUUGCUACAUGAAAUUCCGCGCUCGAAUUUUGACCGUGUUUAUCCUCUGGGCGUGGUUUUGGUGCAGCAGCCAAUGGAAGACAGAAACUUUCGAGUGCAUGUUCCUUUUCGGUGUGUUGCUCAACGAUAUUGGCUCAGAGAUUGAGUUCCGCGAAUACGUCAACAGCCGACCCAAGCGACGCCGAAUCAUUCAAUCCGUCCUCAUUGUCCUCGGUCUAUUUGUCGGCAGUUACCCCGAAGGCAACGUUCAAUGGGCUGCCUGGUCCCGCGGCAUCAACCACUUCCGCUUCAUCUUCCCAUCCGAUCAUGACGGUCCAAAGCGCUGGUCUUCGGUUGCGUGGCAUCUUAUCGCGCUUGGGUUCUGGCUCUCGCCUACACUUCAGACCAUUUUCUCCAACAAGCUGUUCAUGUGGCUCGGGCGCAACAGUUUUGCGGUGUAUCUUACACACGGAACACUGUUGCGUGUUGUGCUCGUGCGGUUCCUGUACGGAUUCACAACCGCGGGUUAUUCGGUCGAGAACGCCGACACGGAGGAGCCCACCUACCACUGGAUUGGUCGGAGCCAGAACUGGGCCGUGUGGAUGGUCGCCGUCCCGUUGUGGUUUGGUCUUCUGUACGUGGUCGCACAUCUCUGGACUACCUAUGUCGACUCGUGGUGCGCCAAAUGUACGAGGAUGCUCGAGGAGGCCAUGUUUGCCAAAGAGGAGGACGAGAAAACGACCAGGCCAGAAGCCAUGGUCUAAAUCACCAUUUACCAUUGAAGCGUUGAAUGAGGCACAGAGUCCUCGAUAAUUACAUUUUCUUUUUGUAUCUGAUGAUGGGAGUCUUGACUGGAUAUCAGCAAACGGAAUAUCUCGCAUCGCGACCGGCGUUUUUUGGGAAGGCAUUUAUACCAUCUGGCAUCGCCAUAUCCGGCUUCAUGUACAAGCCAACGAUUUUGAUCUUUCGUCCUACCUGCCAUAAGGGGGAGAAAAAAGGUGCGCUCAAUAAUUCAGAAUGAGUUCGUCACCGUGGCAUUGGCAUAUUACUGCCACUUGUCUAUAGUCACAUAGUAUCUACAAACUACAUAGCAACCAAAAAAAAUCAAAUAAUCAUUCAAAUACCACUGCACAUUUCCACCAACUGAUGAUAAUGUGCUGUUUGACCCUCGCACUUGGACACUCGCGCGAGGAACAAAAAGCAUACCUCGUUCCAUGAAACACCAGAUGUCAACACCCAACUCCAUACCCAAACACAUCGUCUCACACCCUUAACAAUUACCAACCCAAUAACAGCACAAGAAAACCCCAAAUCCAUAAAUAACAUUACGGCGUCCCUCAUCCUUAACUCCCCGUCUUCUCAAAUUUUUCAGUCUUCGAUGAGACACCAGCCUUCUUCAGCCCCCAAUCCACUCCAUCAACACCCCCGCACAUCCCAACCAUCCUCUGACGUACAUAUAAAACAAAGAUCACCAC